UGUUUUUUUUUUUGAUGGCUCGCAAUUUUUGUACGUCUCACUCACUGAAGAAUUCGACAGUUUGCAAUAAAGAACUCGUUGAUAGUAAAUUUUUGCAGAAAAGUGCAUAUAAAAGAUUACAAAUUCUAAAAUAAUUAAAUUAACAUUUAAGGGCGUAGCAAGCGCGACGGAUAGUAAAGGCCCGGCAAUUUGGUUCGCGUAAAGUACACAGAAAGCGUACAUAUUUGUGAGACAUCUGUUGGUUGUACCAUAUUAUGGAAGAAAUAUGUCGCGCGUCUAUUAAUUCAAUCACAUUGGGCAUUAAACAGCCUUUUACGGCAACAACGAUUGUCGUUUCUUCUGCCGCAAAGCAUCAGCCGCGUUCACAAUCGGAUUCAUUAUCACUGGACGAACAACCUUCAACAUCUAGCGGCUUGCACACCGCCUCAAUGUCGCUGCUACAGGAGGAAUUUGUUGACUCGCAACAUGAUUUUGCCGAAGUUUUGGAUGAUGAAACUACCACUUCUGGAGUGCUGGAAACAUUUGAAAUAAGUUCAUCAAACUCAUUACCGCCGAGCUGCUCAGAUGUGCAUAGAGAGGUUGUGGUUGAUGAUAGUUCUUCUUCGGAUACCAUAAAAUUAGUUGAGGUAUCGGACGGCACCUCCUGCAAAAAUAAAUUUUUUAAUGUAUCUGAGGUAUAUGUAAUCAAUGAUGAUGAUGAUGAAGAUGAUGAUGACGAUGAUGUUGUGCCAGAAGCGGAAGAAGCGGGAGAUGACGAUUUGACUUCUGCGAAUACCACAGCUGAGCGACAUUGCACGAAUGAUAGCGAUAACCAGCAUAGUCGCUUUUCGACCAAUAGUACCAGCAAUCAAAUGGGCAGCGUUAUUGUAACAAAUGGAGGUGCGACUAUUUUCCUCGAAACACCAGUGGUGGAGGAACAUCACGCUCAACUCAGUAAUGCGGGGGUAAAAGGUGAAUUUGGAGAGAAAAAUGGAAAACCGAAACGCCUAAGUGACGAAUUUAUGCUUACAGAAGAAGCAGAGCCUUUUAGUAAAGUGAAUGAAGACAGAGGCCGAAAUCCCCAAGAGGACUCUAACACAGCCACCACAUUUGAAGGAAUUAACGGCACUGAAUUACUGCCGGAUCGUAUGUCUUUUCGAUUGAAAAAAAUGAAUAUUAAUAACUCAGCGAAUACAAAAAGGGAAAAUAGUAGUGGCUACAGUUUUAAUAACCAUACGGAAAAGCCUUCCAGUUCAAAAAGCAAUGAAAAUGAGAUAGUCCUAUUGCCAACGCCCAGCAUGGCAGACAUCGAAUCUAUGGACUUAAUAGAACGCCGAGAGUUCGAAACGGAACAAAUGCUGACGGGUGGUAUAAUUUUAAAAAGUAGCUCGUUAAAGACCAAAAAUAUGCUUAAUUUGAGGCUGAUUAAGUCGACAUGUAUGCAAAAUCAGCAACAGAACUCAAGAGGCCAACAGGAACAGUUGGAGCUGGGAGAUGAUUGUCCAAGCAGUAGCAGCAAUAUAAAUAAUAGUAGUCACAGCAGUGGUACUGGUCGUGCUAUUUCUUCGGACAGCAAGUGUGCUUACAAGGAUCUGGCGUCAACUCCAACGAGUAGCCGAAACUACAACAGUCGUUUAACCAAAUCAACUGCCAAACUUAAUUUGUGCUCUACUCUAAGUCAUUCUCAGCCAGGUCAAUUGCAACCUCUUCAAGAUCGGACAAGUGCCAACAAUUCCAAAAUUCAAUUGAAAUUACAACACACAGGCAACAACAACAGUCUGAAUUCAUUAUCCUCAUCUUCCCAUACAUGUACGUCUUCUUCCGGAUCUACUUCUGCAUCUUCGUCCUCAUCGUCCUCGGUAAUUGUGGAAGCACCCACUGCCCCAUCGGCUUCAUCAUCAUCCUCACUGCCAGGUUCCUCUGCUUGCACAGUAGGUGAACGAGGCGCGGAAAUAUACUCCAACUCUAAUUCAAAUGAUAGUCUUAUGAGCAGCGCUUCAACUACUAAUUGCCGACAGCGACAACCACUAGUUGGAUUUGUUGAUAGGUCAGAUGUGGGUGGUUGCAGCCGUACCAGCUCAAUACAUGCAGCUGUGGCAGAAGCAGAAAACAAUGCAGUAGCCGCAGCAGCAGCCACAGGAGCAGCAGUGGUUUCGGUUUUCGAUGACCCUCAACCUUCAACUUCAUCUGCUCGUUGUCAAUAUGCUCCGUCCAUGAAGAGUUUACGACAGGUGCACGCUAGCGCACAGACCAAUGAGCGUUAUCUCGGUCGCGGUGGGAUUGCAAAUGCGGGAAUCGGUGGUUCAGCUGUUUCUGGUGCAUCUGGUAAUAGCGUCAACUUCCAUCUAACGCCCAGCCGAAACCGACGACGUGCAGACUUGGCGGCUCAACUGAAUCGCAACAAUACCUCUGAGGAAGUAAUUACAGCGGCUUUUAAAGUGAUGGCCGAAGCAGCGGCUGCAGCCGUGGUGGCUGACUACAAUGAUGAAUCUUCAUGGGCCGACUGUGACGAGAAUACUUCCGAUGAAGAGAUUUGUACAUGUAAUCAAAGCAGCAGCAGUAGCGGCAGCAAUAGCAGUCAUGGCGGUAGCAACACCAGCCUAAAUGAGACUGAUACAGAUGCAGCAGAUAUCUCUUUUGGAGCUGCUAGUGCCUCGUGUGCUACUAAGGAUGGCGAUCUUUCAAAUUAUAUACAAAUGGUUUCGAUAUCGGAGGAGGUGGGCGGUAAUAGCGUAGCUAACUCCACAACGGAGAAUGCAGCCACCUGUGCACACUUUAAUGCACAACAGCGUAAGCGAAAAUAUAAUGAAAGCCGUUUGUUAGACAUUGACUCCAGCGCUGCCGUAACCAGCAGUGGUACCAGCUCAAAUAUGGAUGAUGCCAACAGUAGAAAACGCAUAGCAUAUGACUUUACGUCAACGGCACGCCUCAAUAGUGCUUUAGUAGCUUUACCGCCUACACCAUCUACACCACUGUCGCAAUUGACAUCUAGCAUUAAUUCUUCGAUGGGUCGUCGAACCCCGCGUUCUAUCAUACCCACACGUGAGAAUCCACCACCCGAGUUACAGCACUGGCUGACACAAUUUCAACGUUGGACACAUGUCGAACGACUUAUGGCCAUUGAUCGGCUAAUUGAGCAUUGCGAGCCAACUCAAGUACGUCACAUGAUGAAAGUAAUUGAACCGCAAUUCCAACGUGACUUUAUUUCGUUGCUGCCGCGUGAGUUAGCGCUUCAGGUACUCACCUACUUGGAGCCAAAAGAUUUGUUGCGUGCCGCACAGACUUGCCGCAGUUGGCGAUUUUUGUGCGACGAUAAUUUGCUAUGGAAGGAAAAAUGCCGAAAGGCGCAAAUACUCACCGAACCGCGUACAGAUCGGCCGAAACGCGGGCGUGCUGGUAAUAUGCCUCCAAUUGCGUCCCCAUGGAAAGCUGCGUACAUGCGGCAGCAUAUAAUCGAAAUGAAUUGGAGAUCGCGACCAAUACGGGAGCCGAAGGUGUUGAAAGGGCAUGAUGAUCACGUAAUCACAUGCCUGCAAUUCUCGGGUAAUCGCAUAGUGUCCGGCUCGGAUGACAAUACUUUGAAAGUGUGGUCGGCUGUGUCUGGCAGGUGUUUGCGUACGCUGGUUGGCCACACCGGUGGUGUCUGGUCCUCGCAGAUGUCGGGCAAAAUUAUAAUCUCAGGUAGUACCGAUCGUACAUUAAAAGUCUGGGACAUGGAUACUGGACAAUGUUUGCACACGUUGCUGGGGCAUACCUCCACCGUACGAUGUAUGCAUUUACACGGCAAUAAGGUCGUUAGCGGUUCUCGCGAUGCCACUUUGCGCGUAUGGGAUAUAGAGCAGGGGUCCUGCCUUCAUGUGUUGGUCGGUCAUCUGGCAGCUGUGCGUUGUGUGCAAUAUGAUGGCAAAUUAAUUGUGUCGGGUGCCUAUGAUUAUAUGGUGAAGAUCUGGCAUCCCGAACGCCAGGAAUGCUUGCACACUUUAUCCGGUCAUACGAAUCGCGUUUAUUCCUUACAGUUCGACGGUACACAUGUAGUAUCUGGAUCACUCGAUACUUCUAUACGGGUAUGGGACGUUGAGACUGGCAAUUGUAAGCAUACACUCAUGGGGCAUCAAAGUCUAACUUCUGGCAUGGAAUUGCGGCAGAAUAUUUUAGUUUCAGGUAACGCCGAUUCUACGGUAAAAGUAUGGGACAUCACAACAGGGCAAUGCCUGCAAACUUUAUCAGGUCCGAAUAAACAUCAGUCAGCGGUAACUUGUCUGCAAUUCAAUUCGCGUUUUGUAGUGACAAGCUCGGAUGAUGGCACAGUAAAAUUAUGGGAUGUCAAAACUGGUGAAUUCAUACGUAAUUUGGUAGCUUUAGACUCGGGUGGCUCUGGUGGUGUUGUGUGGCGUAUAAGAGCAAAUGAUACCAAAUUAAUAUGCGCUGUGGGUUCGCGUAACGGCACAGAGGAAACAAAACUCAUGGUUUUAGACUUUGAUGUGGAAGGAGCUUGUGUAAAAUGUUCAUAGAAGAUGUUGCUACAGACUGCAGACUGCAGCAAACAAAAAUUAAUAUAUUAAACAUAUUACACCGAAAGAGCAAAAAAUUUGUAGUCCUAGGUAGUAUUUGUAAAAGAAAAAACUUUCAAAACAAACUCAGCAAACGACAUAUGGGGUGGGGGGGAAUCAAUGAAAUUGUCUUAUAAUAUGAGUUUUGUAAUGUCUGUACACCACGCGCGUCACACAUCUUUCUCAUAAGGAUUUACCUCCUAAGUUUCUUGCGAAAAAAGUAACGGUUAGCCCAUUUCCAAAUUAGGGAGUGCCUACAACAAUUAUAUUGCAUUAUAACGUCUGAAGAAAUAUUCAUCUGUCAGCGGAAUUGUCCGGCACAAUUAACACAGAAUUUCCGACAUUAUAAAAAAGGUCAUUACCUAAUUGGGGAAAUGAGGAUAAAAAAACCUAAAAUAAGAAUAAAAAAGUAAACUGUCAUAUUUGAGAAGUAAUGGCCCAUUUUAAAUUGUCGUCAUUUUCAAAGUGAUUACCACUUCAAUAAUAGAAGUUUAUAUUAUACCCAUAUAUGCAUUGAAUGAAGUCUACACUAAUAUUUCUUCCAAUUAGGUACAUUAUGUAAUGUCAACGUAUUGAAAAUACGUUCUGCCAUUUGCUAUGCUUAGUAUUUACGUCUAGCAAGUGAAUAGAAUGGCAAUUGUGUAUGUGCUGCUAUAAAUGCAAGUAACAAAAAAAAGAUAAAAAUAUAAAAAAUGAGAGAGGUAUAGAAAGUAGAAUAUGUUAUUUUGGUAUAAAGUAUGCAUUGCGUUUAGGAUUUACGCAAACAGAAAUUUAUAAACACAUGUAAAGGUUGCAGACCUUUUUGUUUUACUAGUACAACUAAUUUAUAUUUUUAAUGUUUAUUUCUACUAGUUUUAAUUAUUGAGUUUGUAUUAAACACAUUUUAAAAUGAAUUCAUUUGACUAUGAGGAUAUAUGACCCGCAAGCGAAAAUCUAUAAAAAUAUAGACCACAUUCAAUGAGAGCUUUAUAAACUUUAAAAUCACGUAUACGUAUGCGGUGCGGUUUGCAAUUAUAUACGCGAAAAAUAAUUUUGCCCAUCCCAUUUCGCCUGUUUCAAAUCAUUGUAAGAAUAACCCGCUUAUCACUCUUAUAUUUAAAUUUGUUUGUAUAUUUUUCAACUCAGAUUUCUUCAUUAAGUUUUUACUUCCGCUUUACAUUGCAUUGACCUGUUAAAUAUUUGUGUGCUAAAGGGGAAAACUACAAUGCAAAAACUGUGUGAUCGAAAGCAUAGUCUUAAAUCUGCAGUAAUUCGAUUAGAUUUUAUUUAGGCUUUCAAUUAAAAAUUAUGUUCUUCCACAGAAAUCACCAACAGCUGCGUGUCCCGCGCAAUGGUUUGGUGGUGCGUAAUUUGUUAUAAAAUUUGUUUUUUUCUUUUACACGAUUCAAGUUUGAAGAGUCAUCAUGUUAAUAUAAUAUUUUUGUUCAAAUUGUGUUAUGAAAGCAAACAUUCGCAUACCGUUGUUAGGGAAUAUUUUUGUAUUAAAUAGUUAUAUUUUUAGUUUCCCGAUUCGUUAGCUUCGUUCGUAGAAAAACUCCAACAUUAUUGUAAUUCGUUUAUAAAUAAUUCACCUUUGAAAUUGCAGUUAUCAAUUUUAUUAGAAUUACCCGCGCCCAUCUACGGUUUCCUAACUUCCAAAUUUGACUUGUUACACUUAAUUGUGUGCAUAUUUACCACGAAUAUAGUCUUGACGAUACUUUAAGCAUUCUGUAAAAGAAAAUCGUAACGCAUAUUCAUAUAUAUACACACCAAUACGCAAAAUUAAUUAAUUGAAGAAAUGUAGACCUAUCGCAGCUAGUAAUAUCGAAAACACAGGCAUACACGCCAACAUAAGUUUGAAUUAAUAAGAAAAUUUAUGUAGUACAUAUUUGGUUAAAGAACAAAAAAAAAAUAAAAACGAACGCACACAUGCAUUGGCAUCGCUUGAAUGAAAGUCAAGAGUUAAAACAUGCAAUCCCUUAAGCUAGCACUCCAUACCGAGCUUGUCGAGGCUAUGGCUUUCAGCGAUUUAUUUAGCUGUUUUCUAUAGCUAGUAAUAGCGCUUGGAACGCUUGGCAUGCAGUGUCAACUUUAUGGUAGUAAUUCCUUUUUUAUUUACAAACCACGGCAAGUGCAACCUGCGCUCGGAGCCCUUUCAUGUGUGCGUAUGCGUAUAAUAAAUAUAAAUAUUAAGUAAUAGACAUGCCAGAAUGAGCCUGUUGCAGCACCGCAUUUCACUGAUAGUCUACAUAUUUUCGCAUAGAGAGUGCCACAUUCGUGCCGUACGUCUUGUCGAAAUAGUCAAAAGUCGGACAACUCUACUUUUGCCGUACGGCAAGUCCAGCACUACAACAAUACAAAAUAGCUGAUUUGUUUGUAAACGUCAACACUAUCAUUGUGGAAUCCCUCUGGGCUUUGUACGGAAUGCCAGAGGAAAGUGUUGUUGCAACGGAUUCGUUCUGGUGAAGCUAAUAAGCAAACAAAUUGAAUAUUAAAUUUUAAUUAUAGACUGAUUUAUUAGUAAUUAAUUUUAACAAUCUGUACGGUAUCAGUUUAAGUAAAGUGAAGCAAAACAAAAUAUAAAAGAGCAACAAUUCGAAGAGAUGCGAAAAGUUAAAAAAAGAAAACAAAAAAAAGUCCAAGUCCAAAUAACGCCGUCGCAUAAAA